GCUGAUUUUAUAAACAGCCUGCCGACCGAUAUGACAGCACUUCUCGACUUCUAUUCAGCGAGGUUGCUUGUGACUUUCGUCUCUCUUGUAUUGCUCUUUAUUCUCCGGUACAGAACGUACAGGAGACUCAGUCAAUUCAGAGGUCCGCUCAGCACAGGCUGGCUGGAGUUAUGGCACAUAAGAGCUAUUUUGAGUAUGCGAUCUCACGAAUGGUAUCGUGAGGCAACUGAUAAAUAUGGCAGCGUCACUCGGGUAGGACCAAACGAUUUGAUAACAAACUCGCCUGAUCUUCUUGCCCACAUGAGUGCAGUGCGCUCGCCAUACACACGGGCAGCCUGGUACAACCGUGCGACAAGAGUCGAACCGGGUAAAGAUCAUCUAUUUAGCUUACUUGAUGAAGACACGCAUACGAAGAGAAGACAGAAAAUGGCUACUGCUUACUCUGGCAAAGAGAACACUUCAUUAGAACCAUCUAUUGAUUUGCGCGUUCAGCAGCUCAUUCAACUCAUCCGAUCCAAGUAUCUAUCAUCUUCCAAUUCAAAAACUCCCUCCAAACCCAUGGACCUCGCGAGGAAAAUCCAGUACUUCACUCUCGAUGUCAUUAGCUACAUUGGGUUUGGCCAGGCAUUUGGCGAUCUCGAAGCAGAUGAUGAUGUUCAUGAGUACAUUGCCGCUUCUGAAGCUGGCUUAAACUUGAUGGUUUAUGUUUGUGGCUUGGGUCUGACGCCCCUCAUUCAAUGGCCGCCAAUUGCGCGUCUUCUUGGACCAUCAGAGAAAGAUAAGUCCGGUCAUGGGAAGAUGAUGAGAACAGCGAGACGGCUCAUAAACGACAGAAUCGAUAAGCUGGAAACGAGCAAAGAAAAAGGAAAUGACAUGACAGCAAGUUUUCUCCACAGAGGUCUCACCAAGGAUGAGAUUUUCACAGAGGCCUAUCUGCAGAUUUUGGCUGGCAGUGAUACUACCGCUACCGCAAUUCGGUGCCUCAUGUUGCACAUAGUAUCCAAUCCUCGUGUGUACAAUAUGUUACAAGCGGAGAUCGAUAACGCAUUUAAUGAUGGACUGGUACAGGCUGAUGGGAUCAUCUCAGAAGCAGUAGCCAGUACUUUGCCUUACUUGCAGGCUGUAAUUCGAGAGGGACUGCGAAUUCAUCCACCAAUCACAGACGUAGUACCAAAGGUUGUACCCAAAGGAGGGGACUCAUUGAUAGUGGACGGUGUACUUACACAUUUCCCCGAAGGCACCAACAUUGGGUACGAUGUGUUUGGACUCGCGCGUAGGAGAGACCUUUUUGGCGAAGAUGUGGAUGUCUUCCGCCCCGAACGGUGGAUAUCCAAGGAGCUUAGCGACGGGGACAGUGAGAGGAUGGAAGUAAUGAGAAGAACGACCGAAAUGAUCUUCGGGCAUGGAAAGUAUCAAUGUCUUGGCAAACCGAUCGCUUGGAUGGAAAUGCACAAGGUGAUCUUCGAGCUUUUGAGGUAUUUCGAUUGGUCUAUUGCAAAACCAGCAACACCUUGGCGGUCGAUCAAUUGUAUUGGGAUUUUCCUACAACAAGAAUUAUGGAUGGUAGUUACGGAACGUAAUGUUGAACUAUUGUUGGGAUAG